GGGAAAUGGACGCGCGAUUGGUGGAACUGGAUAUGUAUCUGCAAAAAAAUAUGGAUCAUGUUAUAUUUUCUCCAAUUUUCAUUUAUCAGAGGACCAUCUAGCCUGGUAGUACCCUAUAAGGAAAAUUCCUUGAGAAGUAGUACUAAAUAGUCCUUGUAAAAACAACUGUAACAGUACUAGACUGUCAUCAUUGAUGUUUUUUCUUAAAAACAAGAAUGAAUAAGAGCUGAAUGCGGGCGGGAGCCUCGAAAGUGUAUUGCCAAAAGAUUAUAUGCAACAAAUAAGCAACAAGAUAACAUUGAUGGAGAAAAAAACGCCAUCUUUUUUCAUAAAGAAUGCGAAGGUGAAGCGCUUUGUCCAGUUACUUCCCGUAAGAGACUGCAGUAGUUCCUAUGCUAGCGCCAGUCCUCCUCGGGGACGUAGUGGGACACCGUCGGAAAUCGCGAUGGCACGAGGUUUGCGAAUCAUAUUCCAAGGGCUUCACCUCGGUUUGUUACUCGGAGACGGUAAUCGUUUGUUUUAAGGCCGCUAGUAAGUUUGUUGAUAUCACAAAUUCAACUUGUUCAACCCUAGUUGAACUAUCUUCUAUGAAUAUGAUUUGAAAGAUAGAUGUACCAUGACAACAUGACAUCUUCCCCUUAUAUGUGUGUGGACCGACAACAACUAUGCUGUUGAGAAGUGAAGUCUCGUCCCUCGAAAUAAAUAUUUAGGAACCACGGAUAGCGAUAGUGAAGGACGACUACUAUUACUUAUACAUGAAGCCAAAAUCUAUAAUUAUCAGUAUCAUACUUUUGCUUUUCUACUUAACAAGAAACUUGAUAAUGAUAACAGUUUCUUUCUUUUGCGUUUCAUCAUAUUUAGUACCUCUAUCCUAUUGCUCUAAUUGUUAAUCCGGAAAAUGGCAAGGAGCGCGGAGGAAUAUCUGGAGUGUCAGAAGUACGUUAACAGUCAAGUGGAUUCAUCGCUAAAACUCGCUACCUCUGGUCUGCUAGGAAGAGAGUGCUCCGACGACGAGCAUGGCUUAGUGCUGUUCUCUGCGUUCUCUGCGGACGAUACCUCCAGAACUACAGAUGAAAGUCUAACAGAUGGAACACCUUGUUCUCCGAAGCGGCCGAACACGAUUAAGAAGAUGUUGACAGGGAAAUUUUUAUAAAGUGUAUGUAGAACAUGGAAGAAGGUCGUAGAAGAAGAUGAUGGUGGAAGAAGAGAGGAGAUAAGAAAAACGUAACAGAGGUCGUAUAAAGAACACGUUACUUAAGAUUAAUAUCCGCUCAUAAUACUGGAGAAUUUUUUUUUUCUACUUCGUUCUCAAGUAAAAAAAUCAAAAUUCCAUUUGCAUGUCGUGGAAGGUGUGACUUCGACCUACUAGACCGUAGUAGUUGUAAGUUCCUGUUGCCUGAUGUUCAACACGAAGACGAAAAGCAAUUCUAAUUUUCACAUCUAAUGUCACUCUAAGACUACAUCACUUGUUAACAUGGGAAGUUUUCUCUUCACAGCCUCCUUUUUCAUACUCCCGACGAAUUCAAAAAAAAUUCAACAGACGGCGCCGAUAGAAAACUUUGUCGCUACGUACCAAGAGGCACUUCAUUUCCUGAGGCGAGGGCGAAAGUGGACCACACCUCUGAAGGUCCUCUUUCCCACCGAAAUUAUAGCUAUGGUCAACUAGAACUACUGCAUUUAGAAGCUGCUCUCUAUCGUUCUCAGCGAGAUAUUUAGAAACUCUCUAUUGUAUUAAGGGUAGGUUAAAGGUGCUUUUCUUACCGCUUUUUAUGCCUCUCCUAAGGGAGAAAGGCAUAUUAACAAGCGGGGUAAGCGAGCACCAAAAACCUACCUCUAAUUGUAGUUCUCAGCGUCGAGAUUAUAGCUAUCAUGGUCAACUACUACUUUAUCGCUCUCAGCACCAUCUUGGUAACGACCUUUUUUUGUUCAUCGUCCCAUUAUAAAAGAUGAAUUAUACAAGGGGGUGGCGGGGAUCGAGAUGCUGCUCUAAUAUAAUAGCAGCUCGAGGAAGUAGUGAGUCGUGUUCCGAAGCUGGGAAGCAAGAGGAAGGGCUCGAAGUAAGAUUGGGACCCUUCAAGAAGCCAUCAGAUGAAAAGGGUGACGAUGAAAUACUCAUUAAGGCUACAACUGUGAACUUCUCUUGCCCAACGUUCCAAGCUAAUCCAUCUAGUUGCCCUCUACUAUUCAUCUAGCGGUGGAGCACGUGGAUCAUCCGUUUUUAAGCAUGUCCAUAUUAUAGAAAUAUACUUAGGAUACAACAACAACAAGGGAGCAGGGAUGGGAAAAGGAAGCUCAAAACUUUGAGUUGAAGAAUGAUCUUGUUUAAAUAUCUUUAUCUAAGGACGGAGGUUUAAUCAGACGGAUUUCUUUUUUUAUAUUUUUUUGUGUCCUAGAUACAUAGGCGUGAUCCACCGGUUUUAUCUAAGUUGAAGACCAGCGAUCAGGGAACGACGCGGACCAAGAGGAAAACACAGAUUAAGGCUCACCUAGAAUUAGGCUCACUUAGACAUCAAAGAGAAAAUCUUCUGAGAGAACAGGGGAAAACAAGGCGAGAGCCGCCUUUGGGCCAACAACGAGCCCUUUGUUCUCUUUAGAAUCACUCGGUGAGGAAUGAAUUCCGACCUCCUCCUUUAACGAUGAGAGGAGCAAAGACUCGUCGAGCCGUCAAGACGUCGAGGUGGGGACGGGGUUGGACAUAUAUAUGUGCUCUGUAUUGCAAGGGCCUAUCUUCGUUUGUCAGGAAACCGACGCGGCUGCAGUUCAAAUCGGCCUCUGCUUGCAUUUCUUAGGCUAUCUCGAGCCGCGGGCCGCGGCUGCGGGGUCGUCAAUGUUAGUCGAAAAACAUAACUAACGAUAGCCUUAUUUUCUUUUUCUAUCUUUUCUUGGUUUUUGUUUUUUUCUAGAUCUUAGGUCUGCUCAACCACAACUAACCGAGCGACCGACUGGUGAAGUAUUUCUAAGGGACGUAGCUCACUCUAGAAGCCUCCUCUUCCGUCUCGUCAGUUACUUGCUUAUUUCAGUUUUUCGAAUAGAUUUGACUUAGUUAGAACUAGUACCAUAACUAGUCAGUGGAGAAGUUUAACUGGUGUUUGCAAGUAGGUCGUUAACUAUUUUCCUCUCCAACCACUCUCAAGCUGUUAGAGAUAUUAUAAUCAUGAUGAUGAUGUAGAUCAGAUGUUACUAGAAAAAUAUAGUCGUACUGAACGGCAUCAAGAGCGUUUUGCUUGAGGUGGUUAGUUACUAACUGACAUGUUCAAGUUCCUUGCGGCACAAUAUGACCUUUAUCUCCAUGAACUAUCGUGAGAACCAUAAUUAUUUACAGAUUCUUUAGCAGUUUGGUUUUUCCAUGGAGGUUCCUCAGUUCUUUUCUCGGUAGGCUUGAUUUAGCGGACUUGUAUGCCUUCACAGUCUCCUUUCUCUUGUCGACUAGGACGAGAACUAGACGAGGAGACAUAGCCUUCACAGUCCCCUUUCUCUUGUCUACUAGGAGAACUUUGCGACUACCCCAAGUAGAACCUCUUGUGUGCUAGCAGGCGAAGAAUCGCCCGCUGCAACCGUGUUGUACUAUGUGUUCCUAGAAGGAGACAAAAUUUAUUAUUAUGAGGAGAUGAAAGCUUUUCCUCGGAGGUAGUAGGUGCAACUACUAUUAGGAGAAAGUUAGUAGCUUGCUAUUUUUAGGAGACAAUGUAUGAUAAAUUAUACAGCUCGUAUCGCUUCCCAGCGUAGUAGAGGUGCGGCAGUCGCAGCUGCGGGGAGGUCGGUGCCCUACGGAGGCAACCCGAUUGAUUGAUUGGCUGACUGACUGCAAGUGAGUAAUGAUGUAGGUGCGAGCUCAUCUUGAGGCUAACGCGCCUCCCCUGGAGGCAUUCUUGGUAUCCUUGUUGUGGAAAAGAGAUUCGUGCUCCCGUUGAAGAGACAAGUACAACGAGAUGAAAAUUGACGCGGCUAGAUAG